AUGGAGAAAGGAAUCUAUGUGUUGUCCAGAAACCGACCGUUUCUUUCACUGGUGUCUGUGAUCGCUGGGGCCGUUCUGGACGCAUCAGAUAACGACGGAGUGCCAACCAAAUGCCCAGGAAAUGCUUCGAACGUCGUGGACUCCGUGUUAAGGGUCCUCGACGCCGCUGACAAAUAUGAAGACGAAGUCUUACAGCAGCUUGUCGAACCAUUAAAGCAUAAAUUGAAAGUUGCUGCCGCUGAACUACGACAAUCGUGCACAGUGUCUGUAAUGCACGCUGUACUGUCCAACUCAAUUCAGCUGCUUGCACUUCUUGAGGAAUUUGAAGAAGAUUAUACUAAAAAGCUACAUCAUUCAGUACUCCUCAGUCUUCAAGAACUGGAGGGAAUGAACAAGUCAGAUGUCGAUGACGAUGUGCAGCCUCUUGUAGAAACAUUACAGUGUGUCCCGCCCCUUAUUCGACAUCUUCAAGCUCGUCUCGAAGUGACUACCGAAAAAUCCUGCUACCUGAAAUUUCACAGUGCAGCUGGAAUGAGCAAGUUCUACGUGCAGUUUCUAGGCCAGACCUACAGGCAGGCGGCGAAGCACCCAUCUAGUCCAUCUAUUAAGGUGUUGAAGACAUUUGCUCUGCAGCUCGUGUGCACAUGUCUUACAAAGAUGUGUAAUGCUAUUUGUGUCCCCGAUACACAACGGCAGGUCCUCAUGGGCAACUUUGUUGAUGCUAUGGACCAGGUAACAGCUCAACAUGUUGCAUAA